AUGGAACCGGGCAGCAGCCGGGAGAGCCAAGCUCGGCAAUAUUUGGAAAAACAUCGGAUCCCAGAGCUGCUGAACUAUCUCACCAGCGUCCUUCUCUUUUUCCGGCCUGAAAAACCAAGAGAAUAUUUAAUAACUAUAUUGGAACGUCUGAGAAUUGCCAAAGUAACAGGUGUAGCUUUUCCUUUCUUUAUGGAUAACUCUAACAUCGUAGCUAUGUUUGAGAUGAUGGACCCCUCCAAAAGAGGCACCAUAUCAUUUAUGCAAUUUAAAGAAGCUCUUCAAACGCUGGGUCUGUGUACUGUAGAUGAAGAUUUAAAAGAUGAUGGACGUGGAAUAAGUUUGGAUAAAUUCAGGGAUGAAGUGAACAAGAGGACUCAGGAAAUAUGGUCAGCAUUUUAAUAACACCAAUACAUCCAAGAUAAAAAUGAUUCCAUAAAGUUUUCAGUUGUCCGGUUUCAUUAAUUCGGAACUUCAUCAGAUAACUUUAAGGCCAACUAGCUUUCUCUUUCUUAAAAACAAAACCCUAGCUACUCAGGAGGUUGAGGCAAAAGUAUUGCCUAAGCCCAAGAGCUAGAGGUUGCUGUGA